CACUUCAAGUCUCUCUUGUGUAACAGAACACCAAAGCUCCUUUUUCUUGAGUCUCCGUUCUUAAACGUCAAGAGUUAUGGUGAGAGUCUUUCUUCUCUACAAUCUCUUAAACUCAUUUCUUCUCUGUUUGGUUCCCAAGAAGCUUAGAGUUCUCUUCCCUCCUUCUUGGUACACCGAAGACAAGAUCCCACCACCGCCUGAAUCGGAAUGUUCUUUGAGAACAGAGCCGGUGGAUCUUAAACGAGUGUUUCAGAUGUUUGACAAGAACGGAGACGGUCGCAUCACAAAGGAAGAGCUAAAUGAUUCUUUAGAGAAUCUUGGUAUCUUCAUGCCAGACAAAGAUCUGAUCCAGAUGAUCCAGAAGAUGGAUGCAAAUGGAGAUGGCUGUGUAGACAUCAACGAGUUUGAGUCUCUUUACGGUUCGAUCGUCGAAGAGAAAGAGGAAGAGGAUAUGAGAGAUGCGUUCAAUGUGUUUGAUCAAGACGGUGAUGGAUUUAUUAGCGUUGAAGAGUUAAAGUCUGUGAUGGCUUCCUUGGGACUCAAGCAAGGUAAAACUCUAAAGUGUUGUAAAGAGAUGAUUACUCAAGUUGAUGAAGAUGGUGAUGGUAGAGUCAAUUACAAUGAGUUUCUUCAGAUGAUGAAGUCUGGUGGGUUUAGCAAUAGAUCAUAAUCAGAUUAAGCUGAUUUGGUCCCUUUUUACUCUGUAAAUAGUUCAUUUUUAUGCUUUGUUUAAUCUUGAGCUGAAUUGUUUAAACAACACUCUUUGUUUUUUUCCUACAACUCUGAAUGGUGCAUGCCACGUGACUUUGCCAGCUUGAAACACCAAGUGUUGUAAACAGAACCACACAUGUAAUGAUAGAUUGAUUAUUGGACGAAGAUGGGUUUAUUA